CUCACUUCUAUCUCUCACAGAAAAUCCUAGAAGAAAACGGCGUCGUUUCAGUUUCCGGCUAUGGCAACCCUCACCUCCUCCCUCUGCUCCAAGCCUAAAGCCUCCGUUUUCGAUCCACACAAGUCCUCUUUCCAUGGCGUCCCUAUCGCCACCCAGGCCCGCCUGAGCCCGGUGAAAUCCACGCCGGUGAAUCUCGCCGUUACAGCCGCAGCGAUGCCCUAUGACCUCCGGUCGUUCAAGUUCGAACCCAUCAAGGAGUCGAUCGUCUCUCGCGAGAUGACCCGCCGGUACAUGAUGGACAUGAUCACCUACGCGGACACUGACGUCGUUAUCGUCGGCGCCGGCUCUGCUGGGCUGUCCUGCGCCUACGAGCUCAGCAAGAACCCCUCCGUACAGGUGGCGAUCAUUGAGCAAUCCGUCAGCCCCGGCGGCGGCGCGUGGCUCGGGGGCCAGCUCUUCUCCUCCAUGGUGGUCCGCAAGCCAGCACACCGCUUUCUCGAUGAGCUCGGCCUAGAGUACGACGAGCAAGACAACUACGUGGUGAUAAAGCACGCGGCUCUCUUCACAUCCACCAUCAUGAGCAAGCUCUUGGCGAGGCCCAACGUGAAGCUCUUCAACGCGGUGGCAGCCGAGGAUCUGAUUAUAAAGGAAGGGAAAGUUGGCGGGGUGGUGACCAACUGGGCUCUGGUGUCGAUGAACCACGACACACAGUCGUGUAUGGACCCGAACGUGAUGGAGGCGAAGGUGGUGGUGAGCUCAUGUGGACACGACGGGCCGUUCGGAGCCACCGGAGUGAAGAGGCUGAGGAGCGUUGGAAUGAUAGACAGCGUUCCGGGAAUGAAGGCGCUAGACAUGAACACGGCAGAGGAUGAGAUCGUGAGGCUCACCAGGGAGGUGGUGCCGGGAAUGAUCGUCACCGGAAUGGAAGUUGCAGAGAUUGAUGGCUCCCCAAGGAUGGGACCGACAUUCGGAGCGAUGAUGAUAUCAGGGCAGAAGGCAGCUCACUUGGCCUUGAAGUCUCUGGGGCUGCCCAACGCUCUGGACGGCACAUACAUCGGAAACCUCCAUCCCGAGCUGGUCUUGGCCGCUGCCGCCGAUGCUGCUGAGAUUGCUGAGGCUUAAUGGAAGGAGUAAACCAAAACAAAAAAACCCUGAAAAUAAUAGUCCUUUCAAUGGGGAAGAAUUCCAUGGGGAUUUUGUGAUUAGGUAGGUGUUUGUUUUUUAAUAACUUUCUCCUUAGGGUGUGUAUUUCUCCCUUUUUCUUGCUUGAGGAUUUGGUCGGAGCUUGGAACUUGGAACUUGGAAAUUGGAGUGAAAAUGGUAGUGGCAUUUGGCUGUUGUGAGUCUUGUGACUAGUGACUUUUUUCUACUUUGAGAUAUCCUACUUUAAUUAUCGUGCUUU